UUCCUUGCAUAAGAAGAUAAGAGACAAAAAAGCCAAAUAGUUUGUAAAAAGAUAUAUAUUGUAGUUAUAUAUUUUUGGAUAACAUUUUGAUCGGAUGGGGUUCCUACACAAGCUGUGGGAUGAUACGGUGGCCGGACCGGCGCCGGAAAGUGGUCUCGGAAAAUUGAGAAAGCUUCAUUCUUUAUCCACCGUCCGAUCUCCUCUAUCCAGCAUUACCAAGGCGAAUAACAAUGUCUGUGGACUCGGGAAAUUGAAGAUGGAUCCAGGUCUUGUUCCGGAUUCUCCGACCGGGUCAAGCAUCAACCCGGGGACGCCUUUGACCCCGGGAACACCAUGUGAUAACUUUGGACCAUUCAGCGCCGAGAAAGUCCCUUCCGCCGGUGAAGCCGAUGCCGCAAGUCUCACUUCUUAUGAAUGGAUUGUGAUCAACGCAUGCGCAUUGGACCGUUGAAAACGACGAGAAAGAGAGAAAGUGCUACGGGUUUGUAUAUAUAUUAUUAAUAACCUAAGCAUGUAACUAUGUAAAUAACAAUUAAUUUGUACAUAAGUUUUUAUACAAAAUACAAACACUACUCCCUCUCAAA